AUGAAACUUGAUUCAAAAUUGCUAUUGUCGUUCAGCUUAACGGCAGGACACCUCAUACAGUCCAGUUUAGGCUUUUCCAUGUCUAUUAUGGGAAAAGCUGACGCCUGGCGCGGCAGUUUUUCAGUGAUUCAGUGGCAUGAUGGCGCAAGAAAUGUAAAUGUGAUGCUAGCAGUCCAAAACAAAGAUGGUACACUUUCUCCAGUUGGUCAAACAACGUUUAAUGUCGCUCCUUACGGAACCACUAUCAUCGACAUCAAUCGAGAUACGCCUGUUGGUCGAAAUUACUUUUACAUAGCUGAAGAUAUGAUUGAUCCUAGCAAUUACACAUCAGUAGGGCCCUUUGCUAUUUAUGAAGCUAAUGGCGAUACCCAUCCCACAAACUCUGUCGUUGCUAGUGCCACUGAGCGAUUUCUAACUGAUGUACGACCCACUGCUACUAGUUCUCAAUCCUCCACAGUGACUGGUAUCCGAAGUCAAUCCACCUAUACUCCAACCGGUGAUAGCUCCAAAAACGACAGCAAUAAUAUGAAUGAUAGGGCCCAAAACACCGUUAUUAGUGUGGUUCAAAUCGUUGGCAUUGCCAUUGGUUGCGUUGGUGCUGUUAUUCUUGGUGCUAUCGUUUAUGCGUGCUGCUUCAGACAGCGACCCAAAAGUCCACUUAAAGUGACAUACCCCAAUGGUCCUUACGGUCCAAACCAGCAGAUGGGCGCACCUGCUCCCAUAAUAACUCCUGUAGCAAAGAAGCAAUCCAUCAAAAAGCCAGUUGUAUCAAAAAUUGAUAGUGAUUCCACCGUCGUGAGCUCAAUAGCUUCACCUAAAACGCAAGAGAACACUACUAUCACUAUGAAUAAUGACUUAUCAUACACUCAUGAGAUGACACAUCAACCUCCUCUUCCAACUGCAAUGACACAUCAGCAAGCAUACCCUUAUUACGGCAACGAAAUGUAUUACGGAAACCAGCAAAUGGCAUACCCCAGCCAGGACACCAUGUCCAUCCCAACACACUUCUCACAUCCAGCAUCGCCCGCCUCAACCUCAUUUGCCUACAUGCAACAGCAGCAAAUGUAUCCUCCACAAAUGCAAACUGCUAACCACUGGAACUAUACAGCGUUUCCACCACCUACUUCAUUUGACUACAGCCCCAAGCCAGACACGAAUGAUAUGGAUAGCAAAACGGAACAGGUACUAAUGACAGCUGCCACUGCUACAAAAACAGAGCUUGCUGCUGCUACAAAAACAGAACAGGCAGAGCCUACCUUAGCACAGAAAUUUGAAACGUCAAGCGAGCAUGCAGAUGUUCAUCAAGUAGAGCUUCCAGACACUGCGAGUUUAUUCCAAAAACCAAAUGAUAACACGACUCCCAUUGUUCAGAAGCCCAAUACUCGCUCUUCUUUCCAAUAA